UAGGGGUAAUGUAAGAAAUACAAUUGCAAGUUUAAGAAAGAGAAAGUAGAGAGAGAAAGAAGAGGGGGUGAGAGAGAUGUGGGAGUCGAUCUGCCUAACGCUCGCGGCCACCGCCGGUAACAACAUCGGCAAAGUCCUCCAGAAGAAGGGCACCGUCAUUCUUCCCCCUCUCUCUUUCAAGAUCAAGGUGAUAAGGGCAUAUGCUUUCAAUAGAGCUUGGCUUAUGGGUUUUCUAAUGGAUAUUUUUGGAGCUAUAUUGAUGUUACAGGCAUUAUCUCGAGCUCCUGUAUCGGUCAUCCAACCAGUUUCUGGCUGUGGUCUUGCUAUUCUUUCAAUCUUUUCACAUUUUUAUCUAAAGGAAGUCAUGAAUGCUAUUGACUGGAUAGGGAUUGCUUUGGCUGGUAUUGGCACCAUAGGAGUUGGUGCAGGAGGGGAGGAACAAAAGGCUUCUUCAAUAUCAAUUUUCCAUUUACCUUGGCUGGCAUGCGUUGUUGCAUUAUUGUUUGUACUUCUUAAUGGAUGGCUUCGUAUCUACAGACGUCAGCGAAGAGAGCAGGAGUUGAUGCAUUCUGAAGUUGUUGAGGAAAUUAUAUAUGGGUUGGAAUCUGGCAUUUUGUUUGGAAUGGCAUCUGUAAUAUCGAAGAUGGGAUUUGUAUUCUUGGAGCAAGGAUUCUCCAAGUUGCUGGUUCCUAUAUGCAUUUCAAUUAGUAUAUGCUGUAGUGGUUCGGGAUUUGUUUACCAGACACGGGGCUUGAAGCAUGGAAGAGCAAUUGUAGUAUCCACAUGUGCUGCUGUGGCAUCAAUUAUUACUGGUGUACUUGCUGGUAUGCUUGCUCUGGGUGAAAGAUUGCCUUCAGCCCCAGUAGCUCGGUUUUCACUGUUGCUGGGAUGGCUAUUCAUUAUUACAGGUGUGAUACUACUGGUUAGUUCAACACGACUGGUGUCGUACCUUCCAAGGCCAUUGCGUCGCUAUGUGCAAAGUGGUAUUGAGAGGAAUACGGGCCUCAAGCGAUCUGCAUCUGUCCGCGCCAAGGAUUCGAGCCCAAGUGCUGUUAUCCAGGCAACCACAUUGCAUCAUCUGAUGUCAAAUCCCUCUAAAGAGAAGGCUUGAAGUGCUACACAAGCUUCUGCUCAUAAGGUGCUUGAAAGCAUGCUUGCAUAUAAACAUUAGCAGGUUGGUCUUGUUGAGGCUGGUGUAAAGAGUAGUCAUCUACUGUCAGGGUUAUUGGAGGGCAUAUGCAGUUUUUAAGAUUGUCCAUAACACAACACAUCUUUAUACCAUAUUUUGAUAUCUCUUCAUUCAAUUAACUUUUUCCCAGAAUCCAAGUAUAAUGUCAAUCAUGAUUGUAUAAAGAUGGUUUAACGAGGUUGGGUUUGUAUGGAAGUAGCUUAAAAGAAGCAUACUGUUCUCUAAUGUGUCAUCUGAGAGUGAUCUAAUGACAAUGAAUUUGUAUUUUGCCUUCAUAUAAACGAUUAUGACAUUUACUUGAGCAUAGGCUGGUAAAAAUUAUUAUGCUACACUAUUAGCAGAUUGCUGAGGGUAUCCCUAAAAGUUGGUUACUACAUUUUACUUUGCAUUUAAACUUAAAUUUAAGAGAAGACACGGCGAAUAAUAAAAUAAAUAUAUGAAAAAAAAGAAUUCAUGUACUGACCCAUCCAUAUGCUGCUUAUAAUUUAUAAAUUUAACAGGCAUUAUUCAGUCUGUCUAUGCAUUUGAUAAGCCAAAAACACUUUUACUGUUACUAGUUUUAAACAAAGGGACUGUUUUCAAGCUGGACGCCUUGUGGUGAUGCUUUAAGUUCAAGCUUUACUGCUGCACCUAACAAUAAAUUCUAUAUGAUUUUUAUGCAUCAAUAUUAUUGUUUCCAGAAAGCUUUGUUUUUUAUUAUCUUGAAAUGCAAAUAUCAACUUACUGAUCACUAGGCAGAGGAAAAGAUUGCAUAUGUAAUAAUCUGCAUCACACCCUGUUUGUUACUGUACAUUUGGAAUUCACACAAUUAUUUGCGAAAUAAUAAAAAAAAAAAAAAGGAAAA